AUGUUUGAAAGUAGCGGCGGCGGUGCUGGCCGACGACGACCCACGCGAUGGAUCACCUCGAUCACACUCAUCGUCACAAUACUUUCGUCGACGUUGGCCUGGAAUCCCGGAGAUCUCUCCUUGCCAUUUGGACUCGACUCGAGCCUCGUCAAACCACGAUUUUCGACAUACGCCGGACAGAAAGCGCGGGAUAUCCAUGUCUAUGUUAUGAAGAAUAUUUCGGAGAAUACCCCAGUUGGCUACGUGCUUGAUACUUUCAAAGCUCACGACAAGGAUUUACCCGGAUUUAAUUACACAUUUCGAAUCAACCGAGAAUCCGACCCGAAACGACAGUUUAUGAUCGAUCAAGAUGGAACACUAAAAGUAGCCAAUCAAUUGGAUCGAGAGGACAUUGCUGUGUAUCGACUGAUCGUUGAGGCUUUUGAUACGGCUGGAAAUGUCGGUUCGCAAAUGGUGAUGGUCUACUUGCAAGAUGUGAACGAUAACGGACCCGUUCCGUACACCAACCCUGAUCCAUGCAUUUUCAUGGAGAACACCCCACCAGAGGCACAACCAGAUUGCAUGAUCUAUGCAAGAGAUGCGGAUACAGCCGAGUAUGGACCACCUUUCCGAUUCGAAGUUAACACCGGGAAAUUCAAAUAUCAACGCUAUCUCAACAUCGACUUUGAUCCGCUCGGUGAUGGAGGAAAUGGUUCAAUGAUUGUGCGACCAACUGUGCAAUUCGAUAGGGAAGCUGAUGAGCCUGGGAAGAUUUUGGAAAUUCCACUUAUUAUCACCGACAAAGCCGGCAAAACGAACGAGCAAAGUGUCUUCAUCAUUAUUGGAGAUGAGAACGAUAAUCCAAUGCACGAUGGCAGAAUGACGAUCACGGUGAAUUCGUAUUUGGGAAAACUCCAGAAGUCAGCUAUUGGAAGAGUCUACGUUGAUGAUAAAGACGAUUGGGAUUUGCCGGAUAAGCGCUUCAGCUGGAAAAAGAGCGUCCCCGGAUUCGACUUGAGCACAAUGGGAGGAGAGAUUACAAUGGAUGGAGAGAUGCCAUCCGGCACCUACACGCUGAUAGCCGAAGUGGUGGACACAGUGAGAAACGAGCGCGCAGAAGGAAGAGUUGAUGUGACGGUGACGAAAGUGGAGCAAGUCGAAUUCGACAGUCAAGGAGCCAUUCAACUUCUCCUCUCGCACGAAACUGCCAUUCAACUACCCAGCGACUUUAUUCGGAUGAGUGAUGGAACAUCUCCAUUGGAAACUUUCCGAAGUGAAGUUGCUUCAUACAUUGGAGGAGGAGCCGGAGUCCACAUCUUUUCGAUUCAACUGGAUCAUGCCACCCUGCAAACAGGACCCCCAGUUCCUGUAGUGACUGUUCGUUUUGCGGUUUCUUCCGCCGGCCAAUACAGAGAUCCGGCCAUGUUGCAAGGAUUGCUCGCCUCUCAUCGUACUCGUCUUCAACAAAAACUUGGAACGAUCGUUGUUAGCGUUGGUGUCGACAUGUGCAAGUUCACCACCUGUGACAAUGGGUGCCGAACCGAAAAUACUGCAACAUUUGAAGGAGUUCGUGUUGAUGCUAACGCAACCGUGUUUGUUGGAGUCAACGCAAAGUCGACCGACAAAUGUGAAUGCCCUGUUUGGGACUCUCCCGCUCAAUGCCGACAUGGAUUGUGCUACAAUGGUGGUGUCUGCCAUAACACUUACCCGGGAUUCUUCUGUGAAUGCCGAAAUGACGCGGUGAAAGGUUUGCGCUGCCAAGGAACAACUCGAUCGUUUGGUGGAAGUGGUUUCGCAUGGUACAAGGCAAUGCCGGCUUGUACAUUCUUGGAUAUUUCUCUGCAAUUUAUGACAAGUUCGAACGACGGAAUUCUUCUUUACAAUGGUCCAAUGUCCGACAGCAGUGAUCAAUAUGAAAUCGAAUAUCGUGAUUACAUCAUUAUUGCUCUUCGAGGAGGACAAGUUGUACUCGAGAUGAAUAUGAAUGGACAAGUGUCUAGCAAUGUCACCGUAGCCAGUGGAACACUUAGUGAUGGAAAAUGGCACGAUAUCCAUGUUCGGCAAGAAGGACGAUAUAUUGAACUCGUUGUUGAUGGGUGCAGAUAUUUGACUGGUGGGGCGAAUGGACAAGUUGAUGAUAGAUCGUGCCGUGCAACAUUGGUCACCCGGGAUGAUGAUGAACGCCUGAAUAUUGUGACACCUCUGCAGAUUGGUGGCCUUGCUCCAUUGACAAAUCAGAACUAUCCUCCAAUCAUUGCUUCUCAACCGGCAUUGACGGGCUGUAUUCGCAAUUUGAUUGUGAAUAAUGAUCAAUAUGAUCUGGAGACGCCAGCCUACGAACAAAAUACGGAGCGCGGAUGCAAACUUUGGGGAUCCGCUUGUGAUGCAAAUACUAUCGACACAAUCAGUCACUGUGUUCAUGGAGAUUGCUACGCCGAUGUCGGAGGAGCGCCAAAGUGCAUUUGCGAUCCUGGAUGGGGAGGAGACAGAUGCGAACGAAAACUUGAAUGGGUCCAAUUCAGCGCCAAUGCCUACCUUGAAUAUUCGGUUUUGAAUGAGGUUCUCGACGAACAAUGGACAGACGUGGAUCUUCUCUUUGUACCUGGAAGAUCAGCUAGUGUCUCCGAGUUGUCGUAUGGAUCUGAUGGAAUGAACUACGUGUCGACCAGUGUUGAAAAUCAGGCUCCAACCGCGAAGAUGCUCAUUCAGAACAAUGGAGCCGCAAACAACCCACAACCGACCAGUCUGCAACUCGAGGGUGUUCAACUGAAAGACAAUGUGUCGUAUUGGCUGCAAUUCGCAAGAAAUCCAACCCGUGCUCAAUUGACUUUGGACGGCUCUUACAUUGACACUCAACCAUUGGACCCAACGAAACAAUCGUUUGCCCUUCCAAUCAAGGAACUUCUUUUGUCAUCAAAAGGCGGCGGAAGUGUUAGAGGAUUCCAAGGAUGCGUCGGUACCUACAGGUGGAACAAACUGCAACUACCAUUGUCGAAAUCAGAUGACGCUUCUUCAAACACCCUCAUUCAUCUUGCUACGGACACUGGCGUGACUCAGGGAUGCUCUCUUCGAAUCACAUGUCAAAUGCUUGGUGCCAGCUAUUGUCAAUCACCAUUUGUAUGUAUGGAUUUCUGGAAAGGACCCUUCUGCACAUGUCCCGAGGGAGCGCACGCUCAAUUGGAUAUCAACGAUGGACAAGUAACUGGUUGCGGAGGGAAAGAAGCAUAUGCACGACUUGGUAUCUCGUCUCCUGCAAUUAUUUUGAUUCUCGUGUCUCUUCUUCUCUUGAUCGUGCUUGUUCUUCUCAUGGUAGUAUACUCAAGACGACAAACACCGCCAUUUGAAGCUGUUCGACCAGAAGAUCUUAAUAGAGACAAUCUGAGGCCGUACGCUAUUGAGGGUGGAGGCGAGAACGACACGGAUCAAUACAAUAUUGCCAAUCUUCGAAAACCAGUUAUGGGACUUGAGAAUGGCGGUGGACUCGGUCUUGGACAUCCAAUCGCGCCACCAUCAUAUCCAGACAGACCACCUCCAGUUGAUGAUGCCUUGCGGUCCCGGCUGAGAGAAUUGGAGUCCGAUCCAAACUCGGCUCCUUUCGACGAAUUGCGAGUCUACGAAGAUGAAGGCGAUAACGUGUCGAUGGUCACACUGGAGUCACUCGAGUCACAGCCAGGCGGCGGAUCAGCCAACCCAGCGAACGAUCAUUCAGGAGGGGGUUGGGGUUCUCGUUAUGAUCGGAUGAACCCA